CCUCUGUAGUACAACCCCUCCAGAGUGAAGUUUUUGUAGAAAGUAACACCCCCAUAAAAAAAUUGGAAUUGGCCAAAGACAACACAGAGUGCAUGUGAGUGUGCCUUGUCACUUUCACAUAUUUUGGCAAAGUGACCAGACGUACUUACAACAGUGUUCUAUUUUGUCUUUGCCCAAUAGAAAUAACGUUACCACAUGACAGCUGGGUAACAAAUCUGGCGAUCUUGCCAGGACGUGGUAAAUGCAUGUGAAUGCAUUACUGCAUGGCAGCUAUCCUCGUGAACGUCCCUGGCAGCAGAUAGUGCCCUGGAACGGCAGGAGGCAGUGAGGACGACCGGUUGGCGUCGGGAGUGAAGGGAGACACCUUUGACCUGAUUCAGUGACGCAGUUGAGGACGGAGCAGACGAGAGGAUGGAGGCCCUGCUAGCAUUGCAGCAAAGUGUAGUCAGCCAGAUUGGCUGCCUGCAGGAGGAGCAAUUACAGCAGGUGUGCACAGAGCUGGGUGUUGAUGAACACACUGCCAGCAAGGAGAGCGCACGCCUGGCCCUCAUCCGGAGGUUGACCCGCCACCUUAACAGCGAGACCAUGGAAGACAUGGAGGACAAAGGUCAAAAGGUCUUCGAAGACCUUCGUGACUUCCUGAAGACCAUCACUCCAGGAACGUCAAGCGCCUCCAAAGACCCCCCAGCCACCCCAGAGUCAAGCUCGACAUCCACAGUGGAACCGGCCCCCAGCCCCCCUGCCCUACCAGUGAACCAAAUGGUUGGCCUACUGAAGAAAGAGUUUCGAAUCAGCGGCCAGGUUGGGGAGCCUGGUCAGAAGGACCGGCUCUCCCACAGUAAUCUCAUCAUGCAGAUUGAAAGCGGUUUGCGGAAAUCAUACAAAGAGGUCGAGAUUGUAGAGGCUGUCAUCCGGUCCAUCAGCCCAGGCAUGCGCUUGAGGAGCUACCUGGAGAGCACAGAGGGGCUAACCUUGCCAACCCUUCGGGAGAUCCUUGAAGCGCACUAUAGAGAGGGGAACGCCACAGAGAUAUACCAAGAACUCUCGUCUGCCUCGCAGGGGAGUACGGAGUCAGCACACGACUUCUUGGUGAGGACCCUCGACCUCCGACAGAAGAUCCUGAAGGCAUCAAAGAUGGAGUCCACCAUCAAGUAUGACCCUGGACUGGUGCAGAACAUGUUUCUGCACUCAUUGAAUACUGGUCUCCAAAACGACAACAUUCGAGGCGAGCUGAAGCCAUUGCUCUUUGACCCCACCACCUCAGACGAAUCUCUCUUUCGACAACUUAAGAUUGCAGAAGGGAGGGAGAUCGUGAGACUGGCCAAACAGAAGAAGGCCAAGACAGCCGUGAAGGUCCAGGAAGUGAGUGCCGUGGAAAAGCAACAGCUGGACCUGAUGAAGCAACUUCAACAAAUUCAGGCAGACUUGGCUGCUCUCAAAGUCUCCAACAAGCAAGCAGCUGAGAAGCCCAAGUCCAGUGAAGGUGGCAGCAGAAACCCUCCAUCCCGCGAAUGGGGCUGCAAUAGCUGUCGUCAAGCUGGGAAGGGUCCAGAGUGUGACCAUUGCUUCGCCUGUGGCAGCUCUGAGCACUUCAGAAGGGGCUGCAAGCAACGGAGACAGACCAAGCAGUCGGGAAACGGCAGCAGGGCAAGCGGAGGGGAUGCGUAA